AUGUACCUGAAACCUUGCCACUCAGUCUUGGCUCUGGUGUUGCCUCUGGCAGCCCAGGCCGGAUCACUCAAGGAUGUCAAGCAUAUUGUCUUGUUCAUGCAGGAAAACCGAGCAUUUGAUCACUACUUUGGCACAAUGGCAGGUGUUCGUGGCUUCGCUGAUCCCAAUGUACAAGUAAACCCAGAUGGUAAAUCCACAUUUGAGCAACCGAUCCCUCCGCAAAAUGGAGUCAGCGUCCUCAAGCCAUGGCAUAUAAAUUACCUUGGUGGCGACUGGAUCAGCGCAACACAAUGCAUGGGUGCUGGUGAUAAUGGCUGGAGCACGAUGCACUCUGCCUAUAAUGGUGGACUGGGUAACAAUUGGGCACAAGCGGAUGGACCCUAUAGCUUGGGAUAUUUCAAGAGAGAAGACGUCCCGACGCAUUUUGACAUUGCUGAGGGCUGGACUGUCGCAGACAUGGCUAGCCAAAGUAUUCUUGCUGCAACAGACCCGAACCGCAUUACUUGGAUGAGCGGUUCUGUCAACAUACCCGGGUCACCCACUAACCCGGACGGCAAAGGAGGGAUGAUUAUCGACAAUAGCGCAACCCCAGGCUGUGAGGCACCAGGUCUCAAUUGCUUCCCGUUUGUGUGGAAAACUUUCCCCGAGUAUUUAGAAGAUGCGGGGAUUUCCUGGCAAGUGUGGCAAGAUUUUGACAACUUUGAGGAUAAUAUGCUGGCAUAUUUUGAACAGUACCAGCUUGCCAAAAAUGGGUCUUCUCUUCGCAACAAAGGCAAUUCCUAUCCUGGUCUUGACGCCUUCUACAAAGCCGCAGGCACGGGCACCCUACCCCAAAUCAGUUGGAUUGUCGGCCCUCAGGAGCAAAGCGAACAUGCCCCAAACUUGCCAAGGGAUGGCGCUUGGUUGCAGAAGAAGGUUGUUGAUGCAAUCACCAAUAGCCCUGCCUACAAAGAGACCGUGCUUAUUAUUAGUUAUGACGAACAAGGAGGUUGGGCAGACCACGUCGUGCCUGUUGUUGCACCAAAAGGAACCGCUGGAGAAUGGCUCAAGGACCCGUAUAGCCAGUUUGGAGACGUUCCUUUAGGACCAGGCUGGCGGACUCCGCGGUUUAUUAUCUCUCCUUGGACGAGAGGUGGUCAUGUCUUCACGGAGUUUGCAGAUCACACCUCUGAUAUCCAGUUUAUCGAAGAAUGGGCAGCAGCACACGGCUAUGAAGGGGUGCGAAGCAAGGCAGUCACACAAUGGAGACGUGACCACAUGUCCAACUUGGUAAAUGCGUUUGACUUUGACAAACCCGACCUUUCCAAACCUCAUAUUACGGCGGUGGACACGCCAGCUUCGCUGCCUGAUGAUGGCUCACACUGGAGUGGUAACCUGAGUCUUGGCUCCCUGACCGGACCCUGGGUUGGUGCUGCAAAGUGUCUUCAGGACCACAAAAGCAACAAGCCUCCAGUUCCAUAUGGUGUCAAGAAUGCUAACCAGAAUAUGUCCCAACUCGUGGAGGAUGGCUUUAAGCAAGUGCGCGGCGAGCUGACCGAAGGCCGUCAUCUGACCUUUGAAAUGUUCGGUCUCGCUCUUAGCAACAUUAACGGAGCAUUUACAGGCAUAUCACUCGCCACAAAAGCACACGACGAUCCCAAACAAAGAUGGAUUAUUCACACCGUCGGCGGGCCGGGCGCUGGUAAUCAAUUCUACAUCCAGUCAGCUUGGGACAAUAAAUAUAUUGCCGGCUUCCCUUUAAUUGGUCAACUUACAUCGAACAUCAAAAAAGCACAGGCUUUUACCAUCACCUACAACCCGAAAGGCUCAAAAUACAGCUUGACGAUCGCUAGUAAACCGGAUACUUAUGUAAAGCUAAGCCCAAAUGCCAAACGACGAUCCAAUGGAUUGAGCGUUUCGGCGUCCAUUAACUGGGAGGCUGGUUUUGGGGGGUUCAGUGUUUACAGUGUUUCAUAUAGCACGUAA